AUGGCUGAGUAUGCGAGCAACACCGCUUCGAAAAAACUCAUUCAAAUCGACGUAAGCUCGGAUACUGUGUGUCCAUGGUGCUUUGUAGGCAAGAAGAAUCUUGACAAAGCUAUUGAUGCAUCUAAAGAUGAAUACAACUUUGAGAUUCGAUGGCGUCCGUUUUUCCUUGAUGCAUCUGCACCCAAAGAAGGUGUGAGUAAGAAAGAGUUUUAUCGAAAAAAGUUUGGAAGCAGAUGUGAAGGAUUGUUCACCAGAAUGUCUGAGACAUUCAAAGGUCUUGGUUUAGAGUAUGACACAUCUGGUCUCACAGGCAACACUCUGGAUAGUCAUAGACUUAUACAUUAUACCGGGAAACAUGCGCCAGAUAAACAACAUAGCCUUGUUGAGGAAUUGUGUCUCGGUUACUUUACGCAGGGCAAGUUCAUCGGUGAAAGGGAGUUUUUGGUUGAGACGGCCAAAAAGCUUGGGAUAGAAGGAGCAGAGGAAUUCCUCACAGAUCCCAACAAUGGAGUCACCGAGGUGCAAGAAGAGAUGGAGAAGUAUUCGCGAAAUAUCACCGGUGUUCCACAUUACACAAUCAACGGGAAGGUGAAACUGAGCGGUGCGCAACCGCCCGAGACAUUCCAGAGUGCAUUUAAAGCGGUUUCAGCUUAA